CUAGUGUUUCAGUUUAUUGACUGGGUCUUGCGGGGGACGUCCCAGGUGAUGUGUGUCAAUAACCCACUCAGUGGGUUUCUCAUGAUUGCUGGAUUCCUGGUCCAGAAUCCCUGGUGGGCACUCACAGGCUGUUUAGGAACAUCUGUCUCAACGUUAGCAGCACUUAUUCUGAGUCAGGACAGAUCAGCCAUAGAAACAGGACUCCAUGGCUAUAAUGGGACCUUAUUGGGAUUACUCAUAGCUGUGUUUUCUGACAAAGGAGACUAUUAUUGGUGGCUUCUACUGCCUAUAGUUGUUACAUCCAUGGCAUGCCCCAUUCUUUCCAGUGCUUUAGGCUCAGUCUUUAGUAAAUGGGACCUUCCUGUUCUCACCUUGCCUUUCAAUAUUGCCAUGUCUCUUUACUUGGCUGCCACUGGACACUACAACCUCUUCUUCCCUACAACGCUCAUUCAGCCUGUAACAUCAGUGCCCAACAUCACCUGGUCUGAAAUCGAAGUGCCACUGUUGCUAAAAUCCAUUCUGGUGGGAAUCGGUCAGGUGUUUGGUUGUGACAAUCCCUGGACUGGUGGCAUUUUUCUGCUCGCUGGCUUUGUAGCAUCACCACUCAUCUGCUUAUAUGCUGCAGUUGGAUCAGCAGUGGGCAUGCUGGCAGGCUUGACUGCUGCUGCGCCCUUUGCUGAGAUCUACUCUGGCUUUUGGGGCUACAACAGCGUCCUCUCUUGCAUUGCAAUAGGAGGCAUGUUCUACGCUCCCACAUGCCAGACCCACUUGCUAGCAGUUGCCUGCGCCUUCUUUGGUGCCUAUCUGGGAGCAGCACUUGCUAAUUCCCUCUCUGUGUUUGGAUUACCAGCCUGCACCUGGCCUUUCUGCUUCUCCGCAUUUCUCUUCCUGCUACUAACUACAGACAACCCUGCCAUCUACAAGCUGCCACUCUGCAAAGUCACUUACCCAGAAGCCAACCGAGUCUAUUACCUGGCAGUGGAAAGAAACAGGAAGGCAACAGUGAUGACAAAAUAG